AUGGCGUCCGUGUUCCGGAGCGAGGAGAUGUGCCUGUCGCAGCUCUUCCUCCAGGCGGAGGCUGCCUACUGCUGCGUGGCCGAGCUGGGAGAGCUGGGGCUGGUGCAGUUCAAAGACUUAAAUGUGAACGUGAACAGCUUCCAGAGGAAAUUCGUGAAUGAAGUGAGGAGGUGUGAGUCCCUGGAGCGCAUUCUCCGUUUUCUGGAAAAUGAGAUGGAAAACGAAAUUGUGAUCCGGCCACCUGAGAAGUACCCCCAGACUCCUCUGCCCCGGGAAAUGAUCGCCCUGGAGACUGUUCUGGAAAAACUGGAAGGAGAGUUGCAGGAAGCCAACCAGAACCAACAGGCCUUGAAGAAGAGUUUCUUAGAACUGACUGAGCUCAAGUACCUCCUAAAGAAGACCCAAGAUUUCUUUGAGACGGAGACCAACUUAGCGGAUGAUUUCUUCACUGAAGAUACUUCGGGUCUCCUGGAGUUAAGAACGAUGCCUGCAUAUAUGACCGGGAAGCUGGGGUUCACGGCCGGCGUGAUCCAAAGGGAGAGGAUGGCCUCCUUCGAGCGGCUGCUGUGGCGGGUUUGCCGAGGAAACGUUUACCUGAAGUUCAGUGAGGUGAACGUGGUGCUGGAGGACCCCGUCACGAAAGAAGAAAUCAAAAAGAAUAUCUUCAUUGUAUUUUAUCAAGGAGAGCAACUCAGGCAGAAAAUCAAGAAGAUUUGUGAAGGGUUCCGGGCCACCAUCUACCCCUGCCCGGAGCCAGCGGCCGAGCGCAGAGAGAUGCUGGCCAGCGUCACGAUGCGGCUGGAAGACCUAAUCACGGUCAUCACGCAAACAGAGUCUCACCGACAGCGCCUCCUGCAGGAAGCAGCUGCCAACUGGCACUGCUGGGCCAUCAAGGUGCAGAAGAUGAAGGCCAUCUACCACGUGCUCAACAUGUGCAACAUUGACGUCACCCAGCAGUGCGUCAUCGCCGAGAUCUGGUUCCCAGUGGCCGAUACCACGCGCAUCAAGAGGGCCCUGGAGCAAGGCAUGGAACUGAGCGGCUCCUCCAUGGCCCCCAUCCUGACUGCAGUGCAGUCAAAGGCAGACCCUCCCACAUUUAACCGGACCAACAAGUUCACCGCGGGCUUCCAGAAUAUCGUUGAUGCCUAUGGUGUGGGCAGCUACCGGGAGAUAAACCCAGCCCCCUACACCAUCAUUACCUUCCCCUUCCUGUUCGCCGUGAUGUUCGGAGACUGUGGCCACGGGAUCGUGAUGCUCCUGGCUGCUCUGUGGAUGGUGCUGAACGAGAGGCAUCUGCUCGCCCAGAAAUCCAACAACGAGAUCUGGAACACCUUCUUCCACGGCCGCUAUCUGAUCCUGCUCAUGGGGACCUUCUCCAUCUACACCGGCCUGAUUUACAACGACUGCUUCUCCAAGUCUCUCAACAUCUUCGGCUCAUCCUGGAGCGUGCGGUCCAUGUUCAGGAACGGCUCCUGGAACAAGCACCACGUGGAAUCCAACCUGUAUCUGCAACUGGACCCCGCCGUGCCCGGGGUCUACUCCGGAAACCCGUACCCUUUUGGGAUCGACCCGGUUUGGAACCUGGCUUCAAACAAGCUCACCUUCCUGAACUCCUACAAAAUGAAGAUGUCCGUUAUCCUGGGGAUUGUUCAGAUGGUUUUUGGAGUUAUUCUCAGCCUUUUCAAUCACGUAUACUUCAGAAGAUUCAUCAACAUCAUCCUGCAAUUCAUCCCUGAGAUGAUCUUUAUCCUGUGCCUGUUUGGGUACCUGGUCUUCAUGAUCAUUUUCAAAUGGUGUCACUACGAUGCCCAUGUGUCCCAGCAUGCCCCGAGUAUCCUCAUCCACUUCAUCAACAUGUUUCUGUUCAACUACAAUGACCCUUCCAAUGCACCGCUCUAUGGCCACCAGCAAGAAGUGCAAAGUUUCUUGGUUGUGAUGGCCUUGGUUUCGGUGCCCUGGAUGCUUUUGAUCAAGCCAUUCAUUCUCCGAGCCAAUCACCAGAAGUCCCAGCUACCGGCAUCCGUGAUGGAGCAGGGCGCCAUCGAGGGCAGGGACGGCGACCAUUCCAACCCGGCCAUGAACUCGGCUCAGAAAACCUCCGCAGGCGCCCCCAGGGGCCAGGAUGAUGAGCAUGAAGGAGAGUUCAACUUUGGAGACGUCUUUGUGCAUCAAGCUAUCCACACCAUUGAGUACUGCCUGGGCUGUAUCUCGAACACGGCUUCCUACCUGCGGCUCUGGGCCCUCAGCCUGGCACAUGCACAACUGUCCGAGGUGCUCUGGACCAUGGUGAUGAACAUUGGCCUGCGCCAGCGAGGCUGGGGAGGCCUCAUCGGGGUCUUCAUCAUCUUCGCCAUCUUCGCUGUGCUGACCGUGGCCAUCCUCCUCAUCAUGGAGGGUCUCUCUGCGUUCCUGCACGCCCUGCGGCUGCACUGGGUGGAGUUCCAGAACAAGUUCUACGCCGGGGCUGGCUACAAGUUUUCUCCCUUCUCCUUUAAACUCAUCCUGGACGGGACGGCAGAGGAGUAG